AGAUGGAAAAGUUGAUAAAAACGGGUGUAAUGACAAAAAUCAAAGUGAAACCGACACGACAGAAACUUACUCUGAUGACCCACAAUCCGAAGAAAAAGAGAAUCGUUAUAAAAAAACUGCUAUAUCAUGUUCGAAAAGUCCAAAAAAUAGUUGUUCAGAGACUAAUGAAAAGAGAAGAGGUAGGCUAAGAAAAGCAAGGGCAAAAAGUGAAAGUGAGACCGAUUCUGCCACUUCGGAUGAAGAGUUCACUUUGAUAAACAAACAUAAGAAACUAGUAAUGGUAAACGAUAGGAAAAGGAUACAGCCGAAAAGAAAUAGCUCCAGCGAAAUCGAGUCAUCCUGCGAUGACUCCACAUUGUCUGAAAUCGAGGAAGUUAAUAUAUCUGCAAAAACGAUUCAGCAGUUGGAAGUCCCACUUCGAAUGUUGAUAGAACAGUA